CUAAUUUUCAAAACGCGCCAGUUCCUUUCUUCUCUUCUGUUUUCCUCUAUCAUCUUCUUGUAUUCCUCUCUCUCUGCUUUAAUCCCAGCUUCUUCUUUCAAGAUCUUUUAAUGGAGACUGAUACGGUGAAAGUGGAGCGAAAUGAGAUUGUGAAAGUGGAGCGAAACCCACGUCAGAUAAAUAACAAAACCUCUGUUUUGGCGCAAAUCCUGCUGAGAACGAUAGCCUUUGGAGCUACAUUAGCUGCGACCUUAUUAAUUGCUACCAGCAAGCAAUCCAUCGUUCUCUAUGGAUAUCCAAUCAAUGCGGAGUACUCCUACUCUCCUCCCUUCAGGUUUUUUCUGGGUGCAAAUGCUCUUGUAUCUGGCUACUCUCUCCUGUCCAUGCCCUUUGCUUUCAUCCUCAGUCGUCAAAGAACAGACCUUUGGGGUUCUUAUGUGAUGUUUUUAAUGGAUCUGAUGAUGAUGGGGUUGACGAUAGCAGCAUCUUCGGCAGCAACUUCAAUAGGAUAUCUGGGCCGUUACGGGAAUUCACACAUAGGGUGGACCGCUAUCUGUGACAAUUUCGGCAAGUUCUGUAACAAAGUUGGGAUCUCUGUCAUCUUCUCUUUCGUGGCCAUCCUUCCUUUCAUUAUACUUACUCUCAUCUUUGCUAAGCCUAGGCAAACACGCCUUGCUACCUAUUAGAUUCGCUAAGUAUACGUAGACAUUAACUAUUAGAUUCGCAAGUAUACGUGGACACUUAUCAUGUACCGUACAUUUUAUCAAUUAUUAUUAGUCUUUAUUUAUCAUCAUGUCAAUCCAUACAUUAGGGCCUGUUUGAUUUUAUUUUUUUUAAAGCAAGUGUAAAUACCCUGUAAAUGGGUAAUUAUUAUCAUUUCAUAUUAUCAUUUUGCCAGUUUGAUGAAAGUUUGAAAAUCCAUCGGGUUUCUGUCUUGGAAACCAGUUUAAAAGUGUUAGUUUUAAUGGUGAAUGUUCAAUUAUCUCUGUUUCUUA